AUGCCGCCCCGUAUUCUUCUGCCGCCUUCAUUAAAGGCCUUUACUGGCUCUUCGAACAUCCAGAGUCCGCUCGCUAGAUUGGCUUUAAACCCUGUCAAGACCUCUGCCAGAGCUGGAUCUACGGAGACCAGAGAGCGACGCAGACAUGACCCAUUCUUGAUGGCACAGUCACGCCAGCGAAAAGCCGCCAACCUUUCCCGCCAACAAGCUCUGGCUGAAGAACGUGAAGGAUCCUUGGGAGACCCCGUGCAGAGCAAACCUACACAAUUCGUCGAGGAAAUUCAAUCUACGCAGAGUGCAACCCAAGAAUCCAAACUCAAUUACUUUCUUCGUGCCGAAGAGCUCAACCGCGCUUUGGAAUACUCAAAGAACCUAACCUCGCCUCUCGAAGACACCAACCGCGCAACAGCCGACCCUCAGCUUGAAAAAGAAGCCGCCGAAAGGCAUCUCCAGGAACACAGAAACGCACAAGACGCAAUUAACCGAAUCGUGAACAUCAACAACGGAAACACAGGAGACCAAAUGCGUCUCCGUAUUCAGAAGUGCAUUGAGACGUUUGGACGACACAACACUGAUAACGUGUUGCCUCCAAAGCCUGCUGCUGUGUCGCAUGAGUCCGCGACAGUGCAUCCGGAGAAGACUCCUCGUGUCGGGCCAGACACCGGAUCUCCUGAAGUGCAAGUCGCAAUCCUUACCGCAAAGAUCCUGAACCUGUCCAGGCACCUGCAAUCGGCCAAUAAAGACAAGCACAACAAGCGCAACCUUCGAGUACUUCUCCACAAGCGACAGAAGUUACUCCAGUACGUACGACAGAAGGAGAGGGGAGGCCCUAGGUGGAAGUAUCUCGUUGAAACUCUUGGACUGUCGGAUGCUGCGUGGAAGGGCGAGAUUAGCAUGUAA